AUGCCACCAAAGCCAUCAGGAAUUAAGAAUGAAGAGGAGGAUUUCAAUCCAGCCGCUUACUUGGAGAAUCGUACCAAGCAGUUGAAUGAUGCAAAGACUAAUGGUACUGAUGCAUGGCCACAUAAAUUCCACGUUUCAACUACAAUUGCAGAGUUUGAAAAGACCUAUUCACACUUGACCAUUGAAGACGACUCGAACGCUCAACCAGAGAUUAGCAUUGCUGGUCGUGUUCUCUCAAAGAGAUUGAAUGGUAAGCAUUUGGCAUUCUACGAUAUCGUUCAAGACGGUGUCAAGACUCAAUUGUUUGUCAACAGAGGCAACAUGGGUGACAGUGUAGACCAAAUCAACGAUUUGUUGCGUCGUGGUGAUAUCGUUGGUGCCAAGGGUAGACCAGGUCGUGCAAAGACCGGACAACUCUCUUUGUUCACAACAGAGGUUGUACUCCUCUCGCCAUGUCUUCAUAUGUUGCCAAAGCCAGGUCAAGGUUUGACCGAUCAAGAGACCAGAUUCCGUCAGCGUUAUCUCGAUAUGAUCGUCAACAACAAUGUAAAGCGUAACUUUGUUAUUCGUUCCAAGGUUAUUCAAGGAGUUCGUCGUUAUCUCGAUAACUUGGGAUUCGUCGAAGUCGAAACACCAAUGAUGAACAUGAUUGCUGGUGGUGCCGCAGCCAAGCCAUUCGUCACCCAUCACAACUGUUUGAACUUGAAUUUGUUCAUGCGUAUCGCUCCAGAGCUCUACUUAAAGCAACUUGUCGUCGGUGGUAUGGACCGUGUCUAUGAGAUUGGAAAGCAAUUCCGUAAUGAAGACAUCGAUCACACUCACAACCCAGAGUUUACAACCUGCGAGUUCUAUAUGGCAUACGCCGACUACAACGAUUUGAUGACCAUCACCGAAGAGAUGUUGGCUAGAAUCGUUGAGGAUAUUCACGGAUCCAAGAAGAUCAAGUAUCAUCCAGAUGGUCCAGAAGGAAAGGAAAUCGAAAUCGAUUUCACCGCUCCAUGGCGUCGUAUCGAUAUGAUUUCCGAAUUGGAAUCACACAUCGGUAAGAUCCCAACUCCAUACUCCUCCGACGAAUGUCGUCUCUUCCUCGCCGAGAAGUGCAAGGAAUUCAAGGUAGAGUGCAGCGCUCCACAAACCACUGCUCGUCUUUUGGACAAAUUGGUCGGUCACUUCUUGGAAGUCCAAUGUAUCAACCCAACCUUUAUUAUCAAUCAUCCAGAAAUUAUGAGUCCAUUGGCCAAGCAUCACAGAACCAUCCCAGGUUUAACUGAGAGAUUCGAAUUGUUCAUUAACACUCGUGAAGCCUGUAACGCCUACACCGAACUCAACAAUCCAUUCACUCAACUCGAUAGAUUCGAAGAGCAAGCCAAGGCCAAGGCAAUGGGAGAUGAUGAAGCACAACUCAUUGAUAAUGUUUUCACUACUUCACUUGAAUACGGUUUACCACCAACUGGAGGAUGGGGUCUGGGAGUAGACAGAUUCGUUAUGCUUCUAUGUGACGUUUACAAUAUCAAGGAGGUUAUCUUAUUCCCAGCAAUGAAGCCAGUCAAGAAUGAAGAAUCACCACAAACACCAACUACAACCACAACUACUCCAACUCCAGCUCCAUCUACAAACUAA